GACAUACUUUGACAUUUUAUCAAAUAUUUACAGGUGACAACAAAAUUACUUCAUAUCAGGUUAGGGGGAAAGUAUCUACUGUUGUAGGGAUGAAUAACAUUAUGUAUAUCAAGGGUUAUCAAGUCCACCUAAUCAGAAAAUGGGGAGGUAUAAAAAGGAAUAUUGGAUUUCUUCUUAACGCUAACAUUUUAGCAAUGUUAGCUGUGUUAACAAAAAAAAAAAAAAAACGGAGGAAACUGUUUAAGUGUCAUCCUCCUUUGUAAGAUUGGCAUAGUAAUCAACCACAAAGCCGGCCAUCCCACCUUCCGCAAUCCUGACAGUCACUGUUAUUUUUGCAUUCUGCUCCCCUAGUGUUUUUCCACUCUACCUGCCAGCCACUCCCACCUGAUCGCCCCAUUCCACUCACCUGCCUCCACAGCUGCAGCUCAUCAGCCAGUCAGCCUGGUAUUUAAGGCUCUCCAGCACACACACACAUUCUUUGCCAAAUUGUUCUUCGCCCACAUGCAAGACUUUCCGACACUCCUUACCUGCCUGAUCUCCCAUUACCAAACUCACCAGCCUUCUGUCCCUGACCACGAGUUCUGCCUCAGCGUCUCUGGUUCCAGUCUGCCUGUGUCUGUGUGGUGUUUUCCUGCGACGACAUUUCAGCCCAACAGAAAGAAGGCUGAGGCCCAUAAAACGGGUGGAGGACCACUGGCCCUGAGCCAAAACACUGGGAGGCCAGUGGCAGAGGGAAUUCCUGGAGGGAACUCAUCUUCUGAGCCAGUCACCCCCCAGGAGCCACAUGCCUUCAUAAGAUAUUCUGAUGGUGUUCUCUUAUGGAUCGUUAUGCCACUGCAACUGAUGAUGAAGUCACAUUGUCUGCUGCCACAGAGUGGGAGCCUGAGGGGCCUACAGAGCGUGGCUGGGCAGCAGGAGGAGGGGCCAUUAACCUCCAUAGCACAGAUUAACACAUUACCACUGAAGGAGAUCUAUAGAGUGCAUCUAAUUAAAACAGUGCAGAAAACUGAAAAGGAAAUGGUGCUCCUGGACCGGCAGAUCACAAAAAUGGAUCUUGAAAUUGAGAUAUUGAAACACAAGUUAGAGGGUUAACAGUUGUGAAACGGACCCCUGGCCUCUACUUCCCUGCUGCUCAUCCCUCAUCAGCUCUGCUGCUACGCUGGACUGCUCUUGUGGUUCCAGCCCCCUCGCCUUCUUGACCACGCCAUCAGUAACCCCCUCUUUGUUACCUCUGCCUGCCAGCGGACUGAACUGUUUCAGUCUGAGGACUUACUUCCUCACACUCGGUUCGGCCUGGUCCGUACCCUGGCCCCUGAACCCAGAGACUGUGUGUGGGCUCUGAGUCCAAAGAGCAAACUGUUACCUGAAUAUCUUCGUCAGCUAAAGUUGUUUACUCUGUGUAUAAAUAAAGGU